AUGGAACAUCAACCGGAAAUGGGCGCCCAGCCGGAAAUCGGCGGGGCGCAGGCGCUUCUUCAGCUCGGAACAUCCAAAGAAGAUGAGGAAAAGGCUUUGCGCGAACAGCAGCUCAACGAUGCGGUGGAGGCCGCAGUGAUGCAAUAUGUUGGUGGCAUGGAGCAAGAAAAGCGAAGUGGCGAUAAAGACAAGAACGAUAAGGCCGGGGCCCAUCACGACAAUAGUAACGACCACGAUAAUGACAACAGCAACAGCAGUAAUGUGAACGACGAUAAGGCGCAUGAGGCUGGCAACGACAGUGGCAGCAAUAACGGCCACAACAUCGACAAUAGCAACAACGGCAACGACAACAGCAAUACCGACAUCAACAACGACAACAACAACAACGACAACAACAACAACGACAACAACAACAAUAAUGGAAACAACAGAACUAACGGCAAUAAUGGCACUAAUGGGGGUAACGGCAAUAAUGGCAAUAACGACAACGGCAAUGGCACCAACAUCAACGACAGCGACAACAUCAACAACAUCAUGCAUCUCCACGACAUAAACAACAUCAACAAUAUGAACAACAUGAACAACAUCCACGACAGCAACGUCAUGCACGACGGCGAGCUCCCGAUCGACAUUGACUACCCGUGGGACCGUUUUUUGCACGACAAGGGCAUCGACCCCGAGCUCGCGUCGCUCGACACAGAGCACGACCAGUUGGUGCAUGCGGCUAUUCUUGGCGCUGGCGAGUUGGCCAAACAGCUUGCUCCAGCCAAGCGGCCCAAACGGCCUGUGGCGCGAGCCAAGUACGACUGCACCACGCUCGACGGGCUAGUGGCACAGGCGGCCAGCGAGGCGUGUGCGUGGUACAACGCGCAGGCAGAUGCCGGUGCCGACGGCCCGCGGCUCUUCUCGCCCGAAGAAAUCGCCAUUGUCGAGAGCUUUGUCGACGGCUACUGCCGGCUUCACAAUCUCUCGCGCGCAGACAUUUGUCGGCGUGUAUGGGCCAGCGAGCGCACCAAAGAUCUGUUCUGGGAGUCGGUGACGAAAGUUCUCCCGUACCGGCUGCGGGCGCUGGUGUACAAGCACAUUCGGCGGCAGUACCAUGUCUUUGAGGUGCGUGCGCGGUGGACGCCAGCUGAGGACGAGCUUCUUCGCAAGGUGGCGGGUGCGUGCAAAACCAAUUGGAAGAAGGUGGGCGAGGCCUUGGGCCGUAUGCCCGAGGACUGUCGUGACCGCUGGCGCAACUACGUCAAGUGCGGCAGCAACAGAGCCGCCAACAAGUGGCUGCCCGAAGAAGAGCGCACGCUUCGCACCAUUGUCACCGAUAUGCUUGCGCACAAGGAGACGCCCAUCAACUGGACCGUGGUGCUGGAGCGUAUGAACGGCGUGCGCCUGCGCAUCCAGUGCCGCUACAAGUGGAACAAGCUCGUGCGACGCGAGCUGCUUGCCCGCGUGCUGUCCAUGGACGCACGCACAAAGGCCUGGCUUGUGGGCCGCAUGGCUGCGUCGCGCUGGCCCGAUGCGGAUGCCGUGGACUGGGAGUACCUUUCGCAUGCGUGCCGCGAGGAGCAGAAGGCGGCAUGGUCCGGCGCCGAUCUCCGUACAGCGUUUGAGCAUAUGCGGGCCAGUGUGCGCGACGGCAAAACGCUCCCGCUUGCGGCAGUGCUUCUGAAGGCUUGCGGCUAG